AUGAUCAGAAGGCAAACGAACGACAAAAUCCCCAAUUUUCAUCAACGUUCAAGCUUAUGGAGCAAAUGCACGACUCUCAGAAAACUCAGACAAAUCCAUGCGUACAUGGUCGUCAAUGGCUUCAACACGAGUAAAUUUAACCUCAGAGAACUUAUUUACGUCUCUGCUUUGGUUAUUCCUUCCGGCAUUAGUUAUGCACACCAACUGUUCGAUCAUAUCACCCAACCAGACCGGUUCAUGCGGAACACCAUGCUUAGAGGAUCAGCUCAAAGCCCCAACCCUGCGAACACCGUUUCUCUGUUCACCCAGAUGGAAAGACGCGGCAUUGAGCCUGAUCGUUACACGUUUCCGUUUGUCCUCAAGGCCUGCACAAAGCUUUCUUGGUCUAUUCUGGGAUGUGCUGUUCAUGGAAAGAUUACGAAACAUGGAUUUGACGAGAAUACAUUUGCGAAGAACACACUCAUCUAUUUUCAUGCCAAUGUCGGAGAAAUAGAGAUCGCUAGUGCCUUAUUUGAUUCUUCUGCUACCAAACAAGUUGUUGCGUGGUCAACUUUGACUGCCGGGUACACAAGGAGAGGAAACUUGGGUAUGGCAAGGAAGGUGUUCGACGAAAUGCCUGAGAAAGAUUUGAUUUCUUGGAACGUGAUGAUUACAGCGUAUGCAAAGAUGAGACAGAUGGAAAGCGCCAAGGCGUUAUUCACUCAGGUACCAAAUCCAGAUAUCGUGACAUGGAAUGCCAUGAUAGCAGGCUACGUAACCUCUGGUAUGCACACACAUGCACUCCAGAUGUUCGAUGAAAUGACACGUGUAGGUGAACAACCCGAUGAGGUAACAAUGUUGACCCUUGUCACAGCCUGCACAGACUCAGGCGACUUAGACAUUGGUGAGAAGAUCCAUCGUUCUGUUUUAUCCUUAGGUGGAGGGAAAUUAAGCAUUUUACUUGGUAACGCACUUAUAGACAUGUAUGCUAAAUGUGGUGAAAUUGAUAAAGCAUUCAAGAUUUUCAACAACAUGAAGGAAAAAGUUUUAACAACAUGGAACUCCAUAAUCGGAGGCUUAGCUUUCCAUGGUGACUCAGAGGAAGCCAUUAAUGUAUUCAAAAGGAUGCGUAAAAUCAAGAUAACCCCAAAUGAGAUCACCUUUGUUGGGGUGUUAGUUGCUAAUGUAGCCAUGCGGGUAGGGUUCAAGAAGGUCAAGAAUUUUUCAAUCUUAUGA